AUGAGCUUGAUGGGGAGUAGAGUCAACGACUAUGAGAGCCAUGAAGACAUUCCGACCCAGAAAUACUUUCAUGAAUCAACGUAUGUCAAGCUCUUUGAUCUACUAGGUGUAUACAGACCUGACGAAAUCUCAUGUCGAUUCUCCAGCUUCCACCAUCACUACGACGACCGAUUCGCCAAUGACACUCUCCCAUAUGAGCAAGUCAUUCCCCAUCUCAAAGCUCUAAUGCAGACGUACCUCUCGACAAUGUCUGCAAUCGGUGUAGAGACAUGGAUCAUGCAUGGCACACUUCUCGCCUGGUGGUGGAACGAAAAGAUCUUCCCAUGGGACAAUGAUCUAGACGUGCAAAUCUCAGAGCCGGCAAUCCAUAUCUUGGCUAAAAGCUUUAACAUGACGCAGCACCAUUUCGAUCUCCCCAGUGUCGAGGGUGGUCGCAACUAUAUGCUCGAUGUCAAUCCCUACUACGUGGUGCAGAGCACAGAAGAUAAAUUGAAUAUGAUCGACGCCCGGUGGAUUGACAUGUCGUCCGGGCUGUUCAUCGACAUCACGGCAGUACGCAAGGACGAGGAGCGACGGAGAAAAGGCAACCCCGAGGCGCUGCGGUGUAAGGAUCGCCAUCGCUACCAUGCCAGUGAAAUCUUCCCGUUGCGUGACAGUUACUUCGAGGACGUACCUGUCAAGGUUCCCUAUGCCUAUACUGAGUUGCUCAAGCGGGAAUACGGGUCCAAGGCUUUGGCUCAGACGGAGUUUUCAGAUCAUCGAUUUAAUGAACACACCAAAAUCUGGGAAGCUAUGGGAUGA